CAUCUGAGGAUACAAUGGUGUCUAGGCCAUUUUCGUUGGAUUCCCGUUCCGCGUAAGCAGUCGCGUUCGCGUGUUUCUACGGAUAACUUCGAGCACGAUAGUGACAUUACGAGACGUGACUGUGUCGCAAGAUUUUUCAAGUGAAAUAAUUGUACGUGAUUAAUUCGAAGUGCUAUUGCGUUGAAGCCGCGACUCCUGCAACGAGAAACGACGUAAUAUCGGGCGACGUUUUUUGGGACGUUGACGACGUUGACGGUAACGGCGACAACGGCAGAUCCAGAUGCCUUCUAGACAUUGCUACGAUCGUUUGUGUAUCGUUCGCGUACGAAAACUGUGAUAAAUCGCGCAAUGUGUCUGGCCGUUAUAUACUUUCAAUUGUGAGAGAGCGGCGAAUAAACGAGAGAGAGAGAGAGGGAGAGAGAGUGGGCGAGUGAGUGAGUGAGUGAGUGAGUGAGAGGGAGUGAGUGAGUGAGUGAGAAAGAAAGAGAGAGAGAGGGAGAGAGAGAGAGUGUACGAGGGCGAAGGAGAGCGACCGAGCGAGUAAACGAGCAAGCAAGAAAGAAGAGGAUUGCAAGCGAGAUCGAUAAGUGUUUCUCUUCAUACGGAUGCCGUGUAACCGAGUUCGUGUAUAGUUAUAGUCUGAAUUCUUGUCUUUUACCAAGAUCAGUUUAUUGGCGGUGAUUCAUCAAAAUGACAUCGACAAAAUCUAAGGAAAUCGCGGAUGAGUAUAUCUCAUCUUUAUCUGAUCUUACGAUCAACAGUAAACCUCUUAUUAACAUGCUUACUAUGUUGGCGGAAGAUAAUAUUGACCAUGCGCCAGCAAUAGUGCAAGCUGUUGAAACUCACCUGCAAAAGGUGAGAAGCGAUAUCAAGUUGCCUGUCCUAUAUCUCAUCGACUCGAUUGUCAAGAACGUGAAUGGAGAUUACCUGAAUCUUUUCACACAAAAUAUAGUGAACACGUUUUGUGGAGUAUUCGAAAAGGUGGACGAGAAUACAAGAGCUAGCAUGUGGAAGUUGCGGCAAACUUGGAACGACGUAUUUCCACCAAAAAAGUUAUUUUCAUUAGAUGUGCGAGUACAAAGUAUUGAUCCUGCAUGGCCAAUCACUGCCCCUUCUAGUGGUAUUUCUUCCGGAUCCAUUCACGUUAAUCCACGAUUUCUUUCAAUGCCUCAACAAGCCGCAACAUCGAUCGUACAACCGAUUGUGCCACCUGUUAAAUUACCACCGGGAGAGCCAGUAACAACAACGGAAGCAGUCAUGCGUGAGCAACUGCUGAAAAAGCAACGAGAGUUAUUGGAGUUACAAAAGAAGAAAAUUGAGUUGGAAUUGUUGCAGGCGAAAGCAAGUUUAGAGCAACAACAGAGACAACUCGAUAAGCAAGCUGGAAGCUUGAAGACAGAAUCGGUUACACCCACUACACAAGUUUCGUCAACUAAAGAGCUAACAGUGCAAGAGAAACCUGUUACACCCAUAGUGCCAAAUCAAACGACGAAACAAGUAGCAAAACAGUUCCCCGCGGCAGCUGCGUCACUUUUAAAGAAUGCAGGAGCAAACACCGGGCCACGAAUUGCACCAGCUAGUAGUAUAGCAGUAGCGUCGGCUAAGCCAGUAUCACGAGAUCCACGUUUGAAAUCCACUCCUGUUCAGGAUGUGGCAGUGCCAACUGUAGAUCCUCGGCAACGCGUGGGUACGACCAGUCCGAAGGAAUCGCGGGGUGAAGGUCUAACGCAGUCAGCGCCAAAUAUAAAUAAUGUACUUUCAAACCAAUUAAAACAGCAGUUACUUUCGAAACCGGCUGUAACUAGCACUACCAACAAGCCUUCGCCAAAUCUCGCUGGCUCCGAUGCCCCGGCGAUAAACAAUAAUAAUAAUAAUGGUAAUACGAACGUGAAUAAUAAUAAAAAUUUCAGUGGUAAUGCAAAUAAAGAUGCUGUCUCGCAUCGAACAAGUCAAAAGAAAGACCCUCGAUUGUCUAGUAAUAGUAGCGGUAUCCUAAACGGUAAUAGUUCCAAAAACACCCAAAGUCUAUCGGUUGGUAGUAAUAGCUCACCGUCAGCAGGAUUGUCAGCGAGCAAUAGAGGAAGUGGAGGCAGCGACUCCAAAUCGAAAGACUCGAAGAGUUCGAAAGACUCACGCGGCUCUUCGUCGUCUUCGACAGCCGACAAAUCUUCCACUUCCUCGAAAUCCUCGCAUAGGAAAGUAGGUAACAAGUCGCGAUCCAAGCCGCCACAGUCGAAUGCAAGUAAGAAUACAAAACUCGAUAGAGAUUCGAGUCCGAUUAGGUCCAAAUCUCGCGAGAAAGACAGCGGAGACAAUUCACCGUCAUCCUCACGUACCUCCCCGCAAUCAUCCUCCUUCCAAGCCUCUAAAAACCGCAAGAAGAACACGAAAUCCCGCAAGCGUAGUCCAAGUCCUCCGUACAGAAUUCCCAGGCGGAACGAUGCGAAAUCGAGUUCAAGUUUGAACAGUUCCGGCGGUGUUACCGAGGAGGAGCAAUCUGGUUCGCUUAUAGUAUCUCCUCCUCAUCCACCCACGUUCAAAGAAAUCAGACCGAAUACUAGACAGAGAAAUUAUGUAAGGCGAAAUAAAGACGGCAGUCUUAGUCCGGAACAUUCUCCAGCCAGUGCUGGAAAUGCUCAGACCGCUACCGAACCGACAUUGGAAUCGUCUAGCAAAGACGAGGAUCUCAGAGCGCCGCUGUCACUCCCUGGUACCGCUGUUUCCGUACAAAAAGAGGAUUUAGAUCUACGAGUGUUACCAUCUGUUAGCACCAACAAGAGGUCAAGUACUGAGCACCCAGAGGCAACUACCUCUAAGAAAAUGAAGACUGAAAAAUUCGAUGCUUUAUUCGGAAAUGAGGAUGUGGACUUACGCACUUUAACACAUCCUAAGGCCUGUCGACCUCGGACACCUCCGCCGCCCGUAAUUUCUGGGGAGGAUGGGAAAGACGGCUGGGCGAAGUUAAAAACACCAACAAAGAAUGAAAGAGAUAAGCAAGCCAACAAUACCGACGACAAACGUGAGAGAGAUCGUAACAGAGACCGAUUGGGACGUCUUCGACUCUACAACAAGCUUCCGGAGGACUCAAAAGAAAGAAGAAGAACUUUGUCGAACGAAGAACAGGAUACCAGACCAACACGUAGAAGCCGAGACAAUGAUAAACCUGAGAGAAACGAAGACAGGAACAUUGAAAUAAUAAUGAAGCAGGCAGCUGAACAGCUGAACCAAGGAUCGAUCACCAAGACGCAAUACAACACUUUGAUACAGGAAGUGUUGCACAUGAGCGAAGACCGAAAAUUGCGGGCCGCUCAACGCAAGGAAAAGGAGAGUGGCACUAUAGUAUGGGAGAAGAGCGUCAAUAUGGACAUUUCUGGACCUGGAGAUCGCGCCGCAAUGCAUCAACGAAAAUCCAUUAGUCCGUCUAACGACAAAGAGGUAAUACGAAACAAGGAACACCCUAUGCCGCGAAAUCCAAACGGUCCCAGGUGGCAAAAUCAACCUUGGCAGCAACCAUGGGCGCAUCCACCGGGACCACCAUACGGCGGGCCACAAGGACACUUCAAUUCAGACAUAAGACCAGUCGUUCCUUGGCAAAAUCCAAGACAUUUUGGACCAAUGAGACCGGAUUAUCCUUAUCACGGCUUCAAUCACAAUAUGGGGCCCAGUCCACGCUUAAGUAUGAUGGGCCCGAUAGGCCCCAACGGUCCGAUCAUGUCGAAUCUUCUGUCAAAUGGUCCGAUCGUGCCAAUGGGAAUGGCGAAUCCUCCCAUGUCGAUAGGAUGUCAUCCCGCGAUGAUGAUGAACAACGGACCGAUGAGCAAUCUCAUGGCGAAUCCAAACAUACCACCUUUAUCGUCUGGUAGAAACGUGUCGCCGAACACUGCAUCCAAGUAUGAUCUCGAGGACAACGAUCAAAAUUACGGCAACACGGUGAUGAAGAAUCAAGGACCGCAUAGUCGUGAAUUGCCGACGCCAGAUCCGAAGUUGCUAGCUGAGAUUUCGAGGGACACUAUGAAGUCUAUUAAUAUCGAUAAUAUACCACGAGAGAUUCGUUAUUACGGGCAAACGGGUGUAGUUUUCAUGAAUUGGGAUGAUCCACGGGAGAUUGGUUUCCAAGAUGGAAUAAGAAGAAUAUUAAUUGACGAAAAGGACACCAUAACUUGCGCGUUCAACGAUCAGUACAAGGAGUUUAUAUACGAAGGAGAGGUUCACAGAAUCAAACUUGGUGCGCCCACUCGGGAAUUGUAUAUCGACGAUCGCUGGUACGAGUGUUACUUCGGCGGUAUGGCGAUAACGAUUGAACUUAGUGGCAAGAAGGUCAGUGUGAAGCUGGAAGGCCCACCACCUCAAGUCAAGAUCGGCACGGUGAAGAGAACGGAUCUAGUAGUCGCCAAAAUUAAUCUCAUCAUCAACGCACGAAAUAUGGUGCCAGUUUUCUUGGACGCGAAGCCGCAGAUAUUUGAAAUUGAAGGAAAGCCUCAUACACUGGAAUUUACAGACGCAUUGCUAACAGUUCUGCUAAAUGGACGGCCAUUCAAAGUUGAAUUUGGAGGAUUACCAAAACCUAUUAUCGUCAGAGACAAGAAACAUUUUAUUAGAUUCUCGGUGUUGCCAAGAGGUGUACGCGCUGGUUAUGUUAAGAUCACCGGAAUGAGAGGCGAAGGCCCUAUCGACUCGCCACCGACUACACCUUUGCCGGCUCUGAAACUUAAAGUAGAUUCUACUCCCACUCUGAGUCAAUUACCCAUCAUAGAACAUGAGUCCACAUCGCAAGAUGGUUCGGAUCGUACAUCUCCUCCGAAGCCAGACUUACAAUUGGAUAUGCUAUCAUCGGUUCUACCAUCAGCAAUGGCUCCAUCAUCCGGUUUAUCUUACCAAGCAGAACCCGCAGAGAAUCCAUCCGUAUCAGCAGCGCCAGCAUUAUCACUUAGCAUGAGCGAAUUGUUCCAAAGACUCGUCGAAACUGGUAUUAUCGUUCCAAAUCUUACAGAACAAAAGAAACCAGAAGAAGAAGAAAAGAAAGAACCUGAGAUUACUCCUAUUACCUUCGAUAAGCCAGAGACUCUCAAAAUCAAACAACCGGCUAUAUCCACAGCGCUAUACAGCGGUAUGCAAUGUAGUUCUUGUGGUGCGAGAUUCGCUCCUGAAUUAGCUACUCGAUACAGUCACCACUUAGAUUGGCACUUCAGGCAGAAUAGGCGUGAACGUGAUUCCGCGCGAAAAGCACAUUCUCGGCCAUGGUAUUAUUAUGUUAGCGACUGGACACAAUUUGAAGAAAUGGAAGAUUUUGAGGAUAGAGCGCAAAGUUGGUUCGAGACUGAGAAACAAACGGCAGAGACGGAAGGUGUAGCUAGCGAUGAUUCGCCUCAGGAAAUGUUGCAACCCAGCGUGCCAACUGGCAGCGACGAGGAUUCACGGUGUCAAGUAUGCCAUGAUGCAUUUGAGCAAUUUUAUAAUGAAGAAAAGGAAGAGUGGCAUUUAAGACCGGCAGUUAAUUAUGAAGAAAAGAAUUACCAUCCACUCUGCUUGGAAGAUUAUAAGGAAAAAAGUCUAGCGAGGGUAUUGGAAAAGUCAACCUUGGGACUCGAGGAAACAGUUAUGGAAACCGAAGAGAGUAGUAAAAAAGAAUAUUCCGAGGAAACAGCAGCCAAAGAGGAAUCUAAACAAGAAGAAUCCGAAACAGAAACAUCGAAUAAAGAAUUCAUAUCUAUGGAAACGUCGCAUCAAAUAGAAGAGAAUUCUACGGAAACUACUGAAUUGAGAAAUAAAGAAGAAUCUUUGAACGCUGAGAAUUCGGAAAUUACGCAAGAUAAUACCGAAGAAAUAGAAAAAGCGACGGAAGAAAUCAACAAUGAUUCGAACACAGAUGCAGAGAACACUGAGCAAACGUCUGACGCACCUGUGACGAAUGAAGAGGAAAAAUCUCAGGACGAAAAUUCAAUAUCGUUCGAUAAUAUUAAAAUUAAAGAAGAACCAAUGGAUGAUAUUAAUGAACAGCCCGAAAGCGAAUUAUUCGAAUUUGCUAACGUAGAAAUUAAAGAAGAGCCUAUGGAUCCUGAUACAGAUAUAGAUGGUACCAUUAUAAAUGGACCAGCCACAGUGGAUACAACUUACGUAGCGGUGAAGAGUUCCAUCGACGGAAAUGUGGAAUUAGAUUCGACACCAGCAACUAUUCCCGCGGCACCGCCGCGAAUCAAAAUCAAUAUCACCAAGCCACUGAGCACUAAUAAGGAGUCGGAAGAGAAGGAAAAAGUGGUGGCACCUGAGACGCCGGUCGAAGAAAACGCGAAGCCUUUGGUGCCAGCUUCUAUUAAACCGAGUUUACGCGGCAGGAAACUAUCAAAUUUGCCGCCCGUGGAAAAAGGACAAGAACUGUCGGGACUCUGUAGUAUAAUGUAAAUAUAUGUAAGUAUGUGUAUAUAAAAUUUAAAAUACGCCUCUGUGAAAAGCAAAAAAUGUAUUAAAAAGAUUUAUAUACUUUUAAGACAUAAUAUUAAAAGUUAAUUUGUAUAUCGCAUAGUUUUAUGCUUGUACGACAUGAUAAUAUAUUUAGUAACGAAAAAAUUGCAACAUUCGCUCGCAUAAGAUUCACAACGCAUUCAGUAUUCAAUAAAAAAAAUUAUAAGAUUCUUGUGAAUAUGUAUGUGUCGUAAAAUUGACCGAAACAACUACAUCCUUUCUGCAAGUGUGUUGACUGUGUUUGUAAAAAAUGUUUCUACUUUUUACUUAAUAUAUUAAUCUCUAUACUUUCUUUUUUUUUUUUCAUACAGUGGGGAUUCUCUCCCGUUUCGACAAAUGCAUACACAAAAUUUCGCUUACAAUUUUCUUCUACUUAAAUGAGUUAGAAUCUUUCAUGCGUACUGUCAUGUCGUAUAAGUUAAAAAUAUGUGAAAUAUGCAUGAUGCGUGCAAAUAUAAACGUAUCAUGUAAUAGCGCAAAAAAGCAUACUUGUAUAUAGAUAAUAUAAUAUAAAAAGAUAUGAUAUUGUAGCAUUCCGAAUAUUGUAUGUUUACUUGUUUUUAGUUGCACUUUCUGUAUUUCAAAUAUUACAUAUAUGUGUAUAUAUCGAUCUAUACUUGUCAAUACAUACACGUAUGUAUAGAUAUACAUAUAUGUAUACGCACAUAUGUACGAUGAUUUAUAUAGAUAUUGAAAAAACGAGACUUUCAGAAGAUGCAACUGAAAAAAAAGAAUUUAUCGAAUGCAGUCAUUUUUCUUGGGGACAUUUGUUGCAAGUUCUGUAAUGAAGCAUACAGUGUCCGGCUCGGCAAUUCUUUAAGAGUUACAUACAUAUAUACAUUUGUACUUGUAUAAAAUGCAACCAAUAACGCGAUUAAUGUCCGAUGCGUUCGUAUGUAGAGAUUACGCGAUUCAUUUAAAGGUGUACAAAUUAUGUGAUAUAUAUAUAUAUAUAUAUAUAUAUAUAUAUAUAUAUAUAUAUAUAUAUAUAUAUACACAAACACACAUACACAUAUAGCUGUCUAUUUGUAACUUGUAGAUAUUAUAUUAGCGAAAAAACAAUGACGAUUAAGAUGUUGAUUAAGAAAUCUACUGCAAUUAGAUGAGCAUUAUUUUGUUGUAUAAAAGACUUGUUUACUAUAAGUUCGACUUUCUUUCAAUUGACACCUUUCUACGAAACCCUUUUGGUAUUUAUAGCUGUAGUGCUAUUUAGGGGAUGGAUUUGUAUCCAUAAAUAAGAAUACUUGGAACAAUAAAGACAUCAAUGAAAAGUUA